GAGGAGCUGAUAGAAAGUAAAGGACUUACUUGUCCACAUCUGACAGAACUUGCCACUGUACCUGCAACCUGGUCAGAGAGGAAGUUUUACCUGUGCACCCCUUCUCUGAGGAUGGAGAGUUCUCAUGCUACAAAGUCCUGUGUGCUCAUCCUUCUUGUGGCCCUACUGUGUGCAGAAAGAGCUCAGGGGCUGGAGUGCUACCAUUGUGCAGGUGUCCCACUUGAGACAUCCUGUAAUACAACUACCUGCCCUUACACUGAUGGAUUCUGUGUUACUCAGGAGACAGAAGUUAUUGUGGGCUCUCAAAGAAAGAAAGUAAAGACCAGUCAGUGCCUUCCUCACUGCCCUGCUGAUCAAGAAAACAUGCAGACCCCAGAUCCUUCUGUCAAGAUGAAGGUUUUCUGUUGCCAGGAAGAUCUCUGCAAUGCUGCACUUCCCACUGGAGGCAGCACCUGGACCGUGGCAGGGGUGCUUCUGUUCAGCCUGGGCUCAGUCCUCCUGCAGACCUUGCUGUGAUGGCCCUUCCAAUGACCCCCAUCCUUGUCCUUUGAUCCUGCUGUGUAACCUCUCCUUCCUGGAGCCUUCUAGUGAUGAGUUAUGAGUUAGAGAAGCUCUGAGGUGGGGGUAAGGGUGGAACACCUUGUUUCAACUUUAUAGCCCUCCUGGGUGGGUGCCCCACUCCUCUCUAGGGCUUUUCAGAUAUGGAACGACAUUUUGUUGUGGCUUUCUAAUCUUGACGCUAGAGGCAUGUGGCCAGCACAGGGAAGAGCAGAAUUCCAGGGUACUAUGCCACCGCCAUCCACACACAAGUAUCUGGAGUCCUGCAGUGUUUCCACAUGUGAGGAACAAUGCCUCCCUGCUGAGUCCAAUAAACUCUUUGUUCUCACA